UUGAAAGAAUGGACAAUGAUUGAACUUCAAGGAUCACUUGAAUCUUCUAGUGAAUUGUCAGGACAAACGAUCGGCAUCUUAACAUGGGAAAUUGAUAAGGCUUAUUUUCUUAUUGGACACCAUAUUCUUGAAGGAAAACUUACGAAACUCGAGAAACCAUUUAUUGUUUUAUCAAAGAAUGAACAAACUUAUUGCAAUAAUAUUACUGCAAUUAUAAGGAAAAAAAUUUUAUUCAGAAUGCGUCCAAAACCAGUGGUUUUACUACAACAGUAA